UUUGAGAACUUAAAGGUGAGUAGAAUUGCUAGUUAAACAUGUGCGAUAACUAUUUUCUUGCAGGGUCUCACACAAUCGGGCAGGCGAGAUGUGUUACAUUUAGAGGCAGGAUAUACAACAGUUCUUUAAAUAUAGAUGCUGCUUUCAAUAGUUCCCUUAGUGAACGCUGCCCACAGACUGCACCUAAUGGCGAUAGUAACCUACAACCACUUGAUUUAAUGACACCAAAUAGAUUCGACAACAACUACUUCAGGAAUCUAGUUAGUAGUAGGGGUCUUCUUAUAUCAGACCAGGUGCUCUUUAAUGGAGACUCAACUGAUAGCAUCGUGACCGAGUACGUUAACAAUCCUUCUACGUUUGAUUCGGAUUUUGCUGCAGCCAUGAUUAAGAUGGGUGAAAUUGAUGUCCUUACUGGUGAUAAUGGAAUUAUAAGGACUCGUUGCACUGCUGCAAGUUAAGAAAAAGGAGAUGUAAAUUUAAUAUAAAUAUAUAACGUGUCAUUGUUGGCUUGUUGCAUGUUAUGCAGUCACAAACAAGUAUUCUGCAUGCUUUGUUGAUCACGUACAAUAAAUAAAAGUCUCCUU